UGUUCCAGACCUGAGUGAGUACAGUGUACAGGUGGGCCUCCUUCACCUCAACUCGUCCUUGGACCCCCAGGCUCCGCAUCGCACACGUGGUCUGUGGCCCGGAGGGAUCCAACUGGCCCUGCUCAAACUGGCAAGUAAGAAGCUUUCAUUCAUUCACCUGCCUCUCUCUGAGCAUGCCUUACCAUCCAGCUCCAGUAGCAGGCUGUGGGGUCACAGACGGAACCAACUGUCUCAUGUACGGCUGGGAGAGACCAAAGGGACAGGAUAUGAGGGGGCACUGAAAGCUGUGAGUCUGCCCAUGGUCAGUAACGACUGGUGUUCUGAGCUCCACAACAAAACCCUGCCUGUCACCGACAGCAAAGUGUGCGCCGGGGGCAAGACAGACCAGGGAGUGUGUGAGAGAGACUACGGUGGCCCGUUGGUGUGCCAGGAACGAGAGAGCAAAGUCAUCGUGGGCGUGAGCAUCCACGGCCGGGGCUGUGCCCUGGCCCGGCGGCCCGCCAUCUUCGUCAAUGUGGCCUACUACUCGGGGUGGAUCCAUAAAGUCUUCAUACACUACUCCAGGUUGGAGGAAAAACUACUGGAAGAAGCACAGACCAAACCACUCCAUUCAGGACUGUACCACUAGCAUGCAAGAGGAGGGAUGGAGCAUUCAGGACUGUACUASAGCACUGUAAGAGGAGGGGUGGAAUAUUUAGGACUGUACCAAGCACAAGCCGGUAGGAUGGAGAAUGAUCUGUCCAACAGAGGAUGCCUAACUAACAAGACGGUUGGGAGAUGUAAGAAUGAGGAAACUGACUUUAUGGGAAGCAGCCAUUUUGGGGCUUCGUGGCUGGACGUCGCUUCAGUUUUUGGAGGGAAAAAACACCAUGAAUGGAAGAGAUAAUUUUGGGAUGUUCGAGGGCUGGGAAUACAAUGACAUGUUCAGAGAGGCUGAAAAGGAUAAGAAGGAUUCUUAUAAUAUGCAAAUUGUUUAAUGUAGGACCAGGUUGUUACGCCUUGAUCACACUGAUGGCGUCAUUACGCAAAGUAGUACCUAGCAUAAUUUGGAUUGUGUGCAACAAAAGUUCAACAUUCAUCUUCUGCUACCAUUUCUGUCAAGCUGUCACGCAUACAAUGUGAUGCAUACCUUGAUAAAUCCAAGGUAUGCACCACAAAGAAACACACUACAACUGCCUCUGCAACGCAAUGCUGCAAGGCAAAUGCAGCAUUCCAUUGGAAAUGAAUGUAUUUCUGGUGUACCAAAAUGUAUUGACGCUGUCUUUGUGAUUGAGGCAUUAGCUUUAAUAACAUUUCUAAACAAUAGUUUCUGGCACAUGGACAUCUUUUUUUUUUUGUGAAAUAUAUGAAUACUCUUAAGCCAUAAAGAGGGGUGAAUUGAUUCGUUCUCUCACUCCGCCCACAAGACAAUAGGAAUGGUAUGGAUGACUCAGUAUUAUCUCCUGGAAAAUACUUGAAUUUGAUCAGAACCAAAACCAGAGCCAUGCGAGGAGGGAUCCAGACAGGACUUGGUACGAUCCGUGGCUACUGGGUCACGUUGAGGGCACAUGAUGUAAUGGCUAAAGGUUCAGUCAUUCAGAAGUUACCACUUGGUGAAUGGUGGGAAUUAAAACCUGUCUAGAAACAACCUCUAGCUCAUAGCCGUAAGCUCAUAGCCCUACUCCCCAACAGCACACACUUCUGUUGUAGCCCGCAAAAGCACACCUGAUUCAAUUUGUCAGCUAAUCAUCAAGCCCACCUCGAGUUGAAUCAGGUUUGUCCAGAGUUACAACACAAAUGGUGCUGUUGUGGAUACUGGAGGACUGGAGUUGGUGUACACUGCUCUACACCAGUACCUGGGGAGUAGGGCUAUGAGCUUGAGCUAUGAGCAAAAGGUUGUUUCUAGACAGGUCCUAACUCUCACCAUUCACCAAGUGGUUGUUUUUGGAAAGACUAUUCAGUAACUGUUCCCUAACUAAUGCUAAUGCUAACAGUUACUUAGCCAAACGUUAGCAGUUAGCCUACAUGGCUAACAUGUCUCCAGUUUUGGAGGGAACUCUACACUAGCCCCUGGUGGGCUGCGCUGUCGUUAUGUGGUCAGAGUACACAUUUAGAAGUUUCUUAUUGAGUGUAUUUCUGGCACUCUGUGUUAUUUAAUAGGUCUUAUAGAUCUGGGCCUUUCCUUGGCUCACUCACACCAGACGUCAGUGGAGUUGCUUCCUCUCUACUCUCUGUGUUUUAUAUUUAAACGGAUUAGAACGUAGUGUGCAGUCUAUUUAUUUGUAUACGUCUGGCCCUCGAGAGGGRGCCAGCGAUUGAUGUCGACAAAGCGACACGUCUCGCUAAUAGAAGAGGUGAAGAUUAUGACGUCUUUUUAUUUGAUACAUGUUCUAAACUCAGUGUGUCAAUCAUUAUUAUUGGAGGUACACUGAAUGGCAAUACGGAUUACAUGAAAAGUAUGGGUUGUGUUCCAAAACAUACCACUUUGUCAGUGAUUUGUCUUUUAACAAUACUGACAUGCAGUAAGUGUAAUGACAUAGGAGAAUGUAAUAAUAGCUUUCUUUCAGUGCUGAAAACCAGUCAUGACAUCAGUUUUAUCAUCACAGAAAGCAGAUGUGUAUGUAUGACUAAUGAUCUCUUCAAACUGGGCCCCUAAGAAGACUUAUAARUUCACCCAAUUUCUAUAUCCUAAAAUAUUGCGUGUGWUAGUUUAACACUAUGUCACAGUAUUUGACCUGUUCAGUGCCUUUUUUGUAGGUGGACAGGAAUCAAUAGUGUACAAUAGAAUUGGCGCAGAGAGCGGUGAGUGUAUUUUACUGUUAUGUAAAUAAGUGUGUGUAAAACUAUUUUCCACUGCCAAUGUCUUAUUUACAUAGUUUUUUWAACUUUAUAUGGUCACUCUGUUUAUAAACUUGUAUACUGUAAACUCUAUAUCAGCUGCUAUUUUUAAAUGGUUGGGUUGGGUCUUAAUAUUAUAUACUAUAUGAUUUUGUUAUAUUCACGUUUUAAUAUUACAUUUACAGUGUAAAUUACAGCUUGUUUCACUCUUUUCA